AUGUCCAAGGCCCGAGAGUCAAUAGACCUCAAGGGGCUGGGCAUCGCCGGGCUCAGGCCAAAAAGAGCCAUCACCGGGGGCCUUGUCCUGGAGGUCCCCGGUGAGGGAGGAGCCGACAAGGCGGACAAGCUGGCCCAGGCCAUGUCCGCCUUGUUUGCAAAUGGGGAGGCUAGGGUCUCCAGGCCCGUCAAGACUGCGGAAGUCAGAGUGCGGGGCCUGGACGACUCAGUCUCCUCAGAAGAGGUGGCCGCAGCCCUGGCCAGCGCCGGGGGAUGCGCACCGGGGGAGAUCAGAGUGGGGCCGGUUAAAACGGUCCCCUCGGGCCUCGGUGCAGCAUAG